GGGCUGCCCUCCCCCCGCCUAGUCUUGCCUCCUCUCUCCCUCUCUCCGUCUCUCUCUCUCCCUCCUGAUGUUUGAUCCCGCCGCGGCGCCCGCAGGGAUGAGCGAUGGAGGGGCCGAGCCUGGCAGGAGCCCCGUGCUGCUGGCCGAGCCCGGAGCCGCCGGCCGGGCCCGGGAGAAGGCACCGACCCGGGCGGAGCUGGAGAGCGCGCUGCGCGGCGGCGGCGGCUUCAAGGACAUCCCGGGAACGUCGGCGGUCAGCCCCGGCUCCUCCAAGGAGUGCGCCCCGGACACCGAGAGCCCGUCGGGACCCGGCGAGGCGGACUACUGCCGCCGCAUCCUGGUGCGAGAUGCCAAAGGGACGAUUCGGGAGAUCGUCCUCCCCAAGGGCCUGGACCUGGACCGGCCCAAGCGGACGCGGACGUCCUUCACGGCGGAGCAGCUCUACCGCCUGGAGCUGGAGUUCCAGCGCUGCCAGUACGUGGUGGGCCGCGAGCGGACCGAGCUAGCGCGGCAGCUCAACCUCUCCGAGACGCAGGGAGGGACAGAAGCGUGGCGAUGCCACCAGGUCAAGGUCUGGUUCCAGAACCGGCGCACCAAGCAGAAGAAGGACCAGAGCAGGGACUCUGAGAAACGCUCCACCUCCACCUCCGAGUCCUUCGCCACCUGCAACAUCCUCCGGCUGCUGGAGCAAGGCCGGCUCCUCUCCGUCCCGGCCCCCCCCAGCCUCCUGUCCCCCACCUCCCACCCCGUCGGGAGUCCUGCGGGCAGCGGGUCCGGCGUGGCCACCCCGGGAACCACCUCACCGGGGCUGGGCGGCCGCAGCAGCCCCCCCGGCACCGGAGCCUUCAGCCUGCAGGUCCCUGCCCUCGCCGCCUCCUCCUCCUCAUCCUCCUCCUCCUCUUCCUCGGCCAGGCUGCCCGCGGCCCCGCUGUGCUUCGGGGCGCCGCUGCUGGGCAGCCUGCACGACCUCCCGAGCGCUUACGGACUGGGCAGUUCCGCUUUUGAGCCUUACACGCGGCUGGAAAGGAAAGACAAUUCUAUACCCAGCAAGAAGCCGAGCCCUUAAGUGAAAACGAGUGUCAAAAGGCGUCCUGCCCCCCCUCCGUCCCCACGCACCCUGCGCCCCACACGGGGCUUGUUUCGCGAGUGGGGUUUGAAAGACUUUACCAAAUGUCCGGGUGCUGUGCGUGUGUGUGUGCGUGCACGCCCGGCCCCCUCCCUAGGAACUAAGAUCCCACCGAGGACUACGCCGCCCACCUCCUCUCGCUAGGGCUGACGCCGAGCCUGGUCACCGCUGCCUGGGUUCCCGGGUGUCCCGUGUCACCGGCACCGCCGCGUCCCCUUCCCACACUGCUGGAUCCACCGGGGCCACCUCCCCUUCCAGGUACCCCCGGGCAGGGCUUGCAGGACGAUGCUGUGGUCUCUGCUGUGGGAGAGGAGCAGCCCCCGGGGGUGGGCAGGGGGUGCUGAUGCCCUGUGGACGUCUCCCGCUGUUUGCUCACGUCCCACGGAGCGGCACGGGUGAAACCGCAGAGCCCUGGUCCCUGCGGGCUGUCACCCGAAGUGCUGGGGUCACCAUGUCCCUGGGGAUGGGGACAGGCGGGAGGGCAACCCGAAAGGGAGAGCGCAGGGCAGGACCAGGCCGUGUCUCUGCCUGUUCUUGGGCAAGCGUCUGGGCCUCAGUUUCCCCACCUGCAAAGGGCUUUGAGCGCUGGCUGAGGUUCUCUUGAAGCGUCCCGGUGGCCAUAGGGUCCCGGUGCCAGUCCUCCCACUGCUGGGCAGGAGCAGGGCUCAGCCCCGGCAGUGGUGGGGAUGGCAGCUUACUGCUGGGCAGGACUCAGCCUGUGCGCGGUGCUGGGGCUGCUCCUGGGCGGCAUCAUGUGGGCAGGAUCCUUGCCUGGCACCUCCUGGGCAGGAUGCUCCGGUGGCAUCCCCUUGGCAGGACACCCUGCAGAGGCACUGCCCUGGCGGGACGCCCUGCAGUGGCAUUAUUCCCAGCAGGACGCCCUGCAGUGGCAUUAUUCCCCAUCAGGAUUCCCUGCAGUGGCAUUAUUCCCCAUCAGGAUGCCCUGCAGUGGCAUUAUUCCCCGUCAGGAUUCCCUGCAGUGGCAUUAUUCCCCGUCAGGAUUCCCUGCAGUGGCAUUAUUCCCUGGCAGGAUGCUCUGCAGUGGCAUUAUUCCCAGCAGGACGCCCUGCAGAGUGCUCCCGGCUCACCCCGUGGACGGGGCUGUGCGUUUGGGUGCAGAGGCUUCCUGGGAAGCCCAUGGCAAAACCCCGCGGGCUGCUCUGCUCUGCGGGGGUUGCAGUGACCAAACCACUCACACCCAACGUCUGCUGCGGGUGGGGGAAGCUCUGCAGAUUUCUGUCCGGGAAAUGAAAAGAGGAAAAGCAGGAGCUGGAACUAGAGCCAGCCUUGUAAGCACUGAGCGAAAGUCAGCUUUAAGAGUCUCACAUUCUCUUUUUUUCAACAGAACUGAAGUGUUUGGGGAAGAGAGGCAGAAAGAAGUUCAAAAUAACACCAGAAACCACCUAGCAAAGGUCCCUGCCCGGGGUAAAGCAAAUCCCUGAGGGUGUGCACUGCAGGCAGACGUGGGACCCCGCGUCCUCCGCUGCCCGUGCAGCUCGGUGCCGGGUGCAGGAACCCCAGGCAGCAGCGCCCGAGCCUGCCCCUGCUGCGGGAGGACGCGGCCCCAGCCACAGUGCGGGGAAAUAUUUAAAAUAAAUGAUUUUAUGGAAAGGUCCCAGUGACUAUUUUUCCUUUAAAUCAAGCGUUUCUGUGGCACAGCAGUUGUCGAUCACUCACGCCUGGAGCACUUUAUGGGAGCUGCCCAGGAGGGGUCCGCGCCCAGAGCGUAGGUGGGGAAACUGAGGCAGGACAGGGGGCUGGCAGGAGGCAGGGACAGAGUGGGGGGCACGGUGGAUGUUCCCUCCUCCUGCUCGGCUCAGACCACAGCUCACUGCCCCGCCGGGGCUGCAGGCAGAUGCCCUUGUCCCCAAGUGUGGCACGUGCUCGCGGUGGCCCCGAUGCCCGCUCCUGCUCCCCGUCCUCCCUCCCCUCCCGUCCGCACCAGCACCGGCUGCCGCGCUGCAAACAUCGACGUCGCGAUGCUGUGUUUGACUGAGGUUUUGGAUGUCGGCAGGACAAGGACCUUCCCCCCUCCCCACGUCACUUAAUUUAUAUUUAUAUCGCCGUUCUUCAUCCUCCCCGGUCUGCAGACUCGGUAUUUCAGAGCGAGCGGGGGCGAGCAGCGUGCGGCAGGCUGGCAGCGGGCUGGCGCUGGGUCCCGCAGGCAGGACCUGCUGACAGAUCCGGGGCUUGCCCGGUUUUGCUUCUCCCUCUUCCCCAAGCAGCCACCUCCCGGGGGGAGCUGUGCCACCAGCGUUUCCCGAGGGUUUCAGCCUGGUUCCUCCCCUCCUGGUUGAACCGGGAGGAAACUCGGGGCAGCUUGGUACAGAAGUGACCCCCUCGCCCUGACGUGGUCGGGGAUGUUUGGGCUCACUUCGGAGAGAGCCAGGCCCAGGUUUGUUUCCCAAAGAGUCCCCGAAGCCUGGGAUGCUCCAAGGAUGCCCCGCGGGACCCCUGCGCCCCUGCUCCUGCUGCUCGGCGGCGAGGGCAGCAGGGAAGGCGGAGGCUGCUCCGCAGUGUAACAGCGAGCACCUACGGCAAGCUAAACCCAGGUAAAGCUUCCACAAACCCGCCCCAAGCUGCUGCUGCCCCAAAACCGACCCGGGGGGGCUCAGGAGGGUCCCGCUCACGGGGCGCUCGCCCCAGCCCUGCUCGCCGCCAGCACCGCCGCCAGCCGCUCGCCCUGACCUGUGAAGUUGGAACAAAAGAAAAAGAAAAAUGUACUGUAUGUAAAACUUUAAUGAAUAACGUGGUUUCUUAUGGUUUCUAAUGGUUAAUAAAAGUUACGUCCUGCCUCC